AUGGCUUCAUGGGAGCAUUUCGGGGAAGUGGCGAACGUCAUACAGUUGACCGGCCUCAACGCCGUCGCGUUGAUCGGCCUGAUAGCCCGGGCGGCGAACACGGCGAGAAUGCACAAGAAGAACUGCAGGCAGUUCGCGCAGCACGUGAAAUUGAUUGGGAAUUUGCUGGAGCAGCUGAAGAUCACGGAGCUGAAGAGGUACCCGGAGACGAGGGAGCCAUUGGAGCAGCUCGAGGAUGCGCUGAGGAGGGCUUAUCUGCUCGUCAACAGCUGCCAGGAGCGGAGCUAUCUCUACUUGAUGGCUAUGGGCUGGAACAUAGUCUAUCAGUUCAGGAGGGCUCAGGAGGAGAUCGAUCGCUACUUGAGGAUUAUUCCUCUGAUUGCUCUCAUUGAUAACGCCAGAGUAAAGGAGAGGCUCGAAGAAAUUGAGAGGGACCAGCGUGAGUACACAUUAGAUGAGGACGAAAGGAAAGUACAAGUUGCCCUCUCCCAGAACGACAUGAUAAUCUUGAAGAAAAGCCUGUCUUGUUCUUAUGGAAAUGUGCCUAUCAAUAAGGCCCUAAGAAAGGAACGCGAGAAGCUUCAGGCUGAACUCCAGCACUCGCAGGCUAACAUGGACGUGAGCCAGUGCCAGGUGAUCGAACGCCUGAUGGAAGUUACCGAGUAUGCGGAAGCAAGUCCUGAGAGUGACCAAGAUUCUCCACGCAAGGCUUCACGGACAUCAGAUUUAGACAAGGAGCAUUUUUCGAGUGAAAAGAAUCAUGGGAAAGUCAACACCUCGAAAAGCUCGAGUUAUGAUACAGCAUCAACCAGGGAGGUGCUUGGGCAAGACGAGUGGCAUGCGGAUUUACUUGGCUGUUGUUCUGAACCUUACUUGUGUAUAAAGACUUUCUUUUGUCCUUGUGAUACCCUUUCGAAGAUAGCAUCCGUGGCAACUGGCAAGGAAAUAUCUCCGGCCCAGACUUGUAAUGACAUAAUGGCAUAUUCGCUGGUACUAUCAUGUUGUUGCUACACAUGUUGCCUCAGAGGAAAGCUCAGACGGACUCUUAACAUCAAGGGUGGUUGGUUUGAUGAUUUCUUGUCACAUUUGAUGUGUUGUUGCUGUGCACUCAUCCAAGAAUGGAGGGAAGUGGAGAUACGAGGUGCACACAAGACAUGUACUAACCCUCCUUCAUUUCAACACAUGGAAUACUGA